ACUUGCCGCACGCCGUCACUCAGUCGAUGCCUACUCGCCGUCGGGAGCGGUUGUCACGCUUCUCCGCACGGCCCGUUAUGUGUACUUCGUAACAAGUUUGACGGGAAACUCGUGAAGUCGGAAAAUGUGCGCGUCAACAAACCAAGUGACGAUUUGAAUUGAGUGACAGUUGAAAAGUGUUAAAAAUGUUGUCAAUGGGAUUAUUGGCGGUUGCCGUCUGGAGUUGGACGUGGCUGGGAGCCGGCGGGGCCUCGCUGACGAGCCGGGUGGCGGAGGCGCCGCAGGAGUGCGAGUGGCAGCGCGUGUCGGGCGGGCCCGGCGAGCCUACGCGCGUGCAGCUGGCGUGCUCGCUGCGCACGGCCGCCGGCGCCACCGACUUGCUGGCCGGCCUCAGCGCCUCGCAGGCGCAGCGCAUUACCGCGCUCGACCUCCACUGCACUGAUACGCUUUUCUUCGAAAGCUCGCUCGACGUCGGCAGAAGAAAAGAGGAAGGAACCGAACUCCUCUCCCGGUUUCAUAAUUUGAAAGAACUGAGAAUAGAAUCUUGUAAGAUAAGAUACGUUCCUUCGGCAGUGCUUUCGCCGCUAAGUGGUUUACGUGCGUUGAGCAUACGGACUCAUAACACGGAUUGGUCUGCGAUGUCUAUGGAAUUCCAUCGGGACACGUUUCGCGGAUUGACCGAUCUAAGAACGUUGGACUUGGGUGAUAAUAACAUUUGGGUGUUGCCGUCGGAGAUAUUCUGCCCGCUGUACAACUUGAAAGAGUUGAAUGUGACACAGAACAGGUUGCAAGACAUCUCUAACCUGGGAUUCUCGGACUGGGGUAAUGGUCCCACCGCCCCCGGGAAGUCGUGCAAUACUGUAUUGGAAACGCUGGAAAUGUCGCACAACGAAAUUAGCGCGCUGCCAGAUAACGGCUUAUCGAGCCUGCGCGCUCUUCAAAAGUUGUUUUUACAAAACAAUAGAAUAUCUAACGUGGCUGAUCGUGCUUUCGUCGGUCUCAGUGAUUUGCAACUACUCAAUUUAUCUACAAACGCCUUGACUGGAUUACCGCCUGAAAUGUUCCAGUCCUCAAGAGACAUUAAACAGAUAUAUUUGAAUAAUAACUCACUUAGUGUGCUCGCACCUGGACUCCUGGAGGGAUUAGAUCAACUACAGAUAUUGGAUUUGUCCGUGAACGAGUUGACUAGCGAGUGGGUAAAUAGAGACACUUUCUCAGGAUUAGUUCGCCUUAUAGUUUUGAACUUAUCCCAUAACAGAAUCACUAAAAUUGAUGCGCUGCUAUUCCAAGAUUUGAAUAAUUUGCAGUUUCUAAGUUUGGAGUAUAACAACAUAGCGCGGAUCGCGGAUGGCGCAUUUUCUAAUUUGAAAAAUCUUCACUCGCUCUCGUUGGCUCAUAAUAACAUUAUCGAAGUGGACAGCAGCCAUUUUUCGAACCUAUAUGUAUUGAAUCAAUUAUUCCUGGACGGGAACCGAAUAACAAAAGUGGACCUACGCUCUUUCGAAAACAUAACGAAACUCCACGAUUUAGGCCUUAGUGGAAACCAGUUAUCCGAAGUACCGGAAGCCAUAAAGACGUUGAGAUUCUUGACAUCUCUAGACUUAGGCAUGAACAGAAUUACUAAAGUUACUACCACGCAAUUUGAGGGCUUAGACGAUUUAUAUGGCUUACGACUUGUGGGAAAUAAAAUCGAGAAGAUAUCAAAGGACACUUUUGUUGCUUUGCCGUCUCUGCAAAUAUUGAACUUGGCCUCAAAUAACAUUGAUCAGAUUGACGACGGAGCUUUUGCGUCGAACCAACAAUUGAAAGCUAUCGGAUUAGAUGGAAACAAAUUAGUGGAUUUAAAAGGGAUAUUUACAAACACUCAGCCCCUUGUUUGGCUUAACGUAUCAAAUAAUGAGUUGCUUUGGUUCGACUAUAGCCACAUUCCCUCGAAUCUGGAGUGGCUCGACAUGCAUGAAAAUAAAAUAGAGAAACUGGAGGAUACUUACGGCGUGAAGGAGUCUUGUAACGUGAAGAUGCUCGACGUCAGUCACAAUAAAAUAAGAAGUAUCGACGAAUUCUCAUUCCCGAGCAGUAUUGAGACGGUCGUUAUGAAUAAUAAUCAUAUCGAAAAAAUAAACCCCGGCACUUUUCUUCAAAAGUACAACCUCAACAAAGUCAUGAUUUAUUCAAAUAAGAUAAAAACACUCGAAGUCGGCGCUUUUGCGAUAUCAGCUGUUCCCGAGGAGAAAGAUUUACCCGAGUUCUAUAUCAGCGAGAACCCAUUCGUGUGCGACUGCACAAUGGAGUGGUUGCAGAGAAUUAACCAAUUAAGUGAUCUACGGCAGCGCCCGCGAGUAAUGGAUUUAGAAAGUGUAAGGUGCUCUUUAACUCAUUCACGAGCAAAAUUGGACGUGCUUCUACUCGAGGUCAAAUCUUCAGAGUUUCUGUGCGAGUAUGAUUCACACUGUUUCACUUUGUGCCAUUGUUGUGACUUUGACGCCUGUGAUUGCAAGAUGACUUGUCCAGAUAGGUGCUCGUGUUAUCAUGAUCUCACUUGGAACUCCAACGUGGUCGAUUGUUCGGCCGCCGACUACGAUCACGUGCCGGACCGAAUACCGAUGGACGCGACCGAAAUAUACUUGGAUGGAAACGAUCUAAAGGAAUUAGGCAAUCACGUUUUCAUUGGUAAAAAAAGGCUCCAAGUUUUGUAUCUCAAUAACAGCAACAUUAACACAAUACAAAAUAGAACAUUUAACGGGAUCGAGUCUUUAAGAGUGCUCCACUUGGAAAACAACAACUUGGAAGUUUUGAGAAACACUCAGUUUACGCGGCUACAGAAUUUGAACGAGCUUUACUUGAGCGACAACAAAAUCAAAGUCAUAGAAAAUGAUACGUUUAAUUACCUUCCGUCGUUGGAGCUUCUGAACCUUGACAAUAACGGGUACGUUGAUUACAUGCCGUGGCGAGUCAUUACCGAGAACAACCCGCGCACUCGCGUCUCCGUCGACGGGAACAAUUGGCUCUGCGAUUGCAAAGACGUCGCUCAACUUAAUCAAUGGCUUAUAAAAAAGUCAAAAGACACCGAAACCAUGAUGUGCUACUUCGCUCACGGCCAGCCAAUGAACAAAACUAUAGCGACCGUAGCGAAGGAAUGCGUAUCAGAAACCGCUACCGAAGAAACAGAGACCGAGACCCUAAAGCGAUUAUUCAUUGAGUCGCAUGACGGUGUAGAAAAUUACAUUCCAUAUAUCGCGGUGGUGCUCAUAAUAGCAAUUAUUCUUUUACUAAUGUGCGCUCUACUCUUCAUGUUCAGAGAGGACUUUAAGUUAUGGAUGCACUCGAGAUACGGUGUACGAGUGUUCAGUUCCACGCCCAAAGACAUGAACGACAACAAAAACAAGCGCUUCGACGCUUUCUUUGUGUACAAUCCGCGGGACGAGGAUUUCGUGACUCGCGCAGUUAGUUCCGAGUUAGAAAACUCCGGACACUCGUUGUGUCUACAGCACAGAGACUUGCAGUUAAUUGAAAGACGCUCCGGCGAUAGUUUAGUGAGUGCAUCGGAAAGUUCUAAGAGACUAAUAAUAGUGUUAUCGAUAAACUUUUUACAGCAGGAGUGGUACGCGGCAGAGUCGAGAGCGGCCGUACAAAGUGCUAUAAACUCAGUGAACGUUAGACAUCGGCGUCAAAAAAUAAUAUUCCUAGUGACGACAGACUUAAGUGCCAUAAACAUAGAUCCGGACUUAAAAGUGUUGCUAAAAACGUGUACAGUGAUCGUGUGGGGGGAGAGAAAUUGUUGGGAAAAGCUAAAUUUUCGGUUACCGGAUGUGGACGUGACUUUGCCGAAUCGGACGCUUCAUAACGCUAAUAAUAUGAAAACGGGGAACCGGGAAGGGUUCGGGCGACAUGGGAACUUGAGGUACACAGCGCCGCCUACGUCUCAGGACCCGUGGUACAAGUAUGGGAUGGCGCCGCCGGUGCUGAUGAUGUCGAGCCCCAUGCACUCCACCAGUGCGAGCGCGGAGGUGUCCGCUCGCAGCACGGAGGACGAGACGUGCUCCGUGGCCAGCAGUGAUGGCCGACCUGAGGGUCUACCGCACCACCACAGCUACGUCUCCAUCGACAAUCAUCAGUGCGAAGAACGACCUUUGAGGCCUGUGCAACAAAUACCCAUGUCUAACACUAGGCCUAACAAUAUGCGAAAGACUUACUUUGUUUAACUAUUUAUAAAUAGGAAUCAUGUAAAUUUGUAAAUAUAGUUUGUAACAUAUUAAAAAUAACUGACGAUUCAUGAAAGUACCUAAGCUCUGUAUACAUUUUAGUUAGCAAAUGUUGGUGCUGCAUUAAAGCUAUUAAGUGAACAUUAUAAAAUUGUUUCUCAUGGCUUAAUAGUGAAGGUAACAAAAUGACGGGAAAAUUUAAUCGUACCAAUUUGUCGCAUUUAUAAAUGUAUUUGUACCUGUCAGCUUUAUUCUCUCAACUUCGAAAAAGCAUUUUUGUUGUAGAGCCUAACAUUCCUGUCUUUGUAUUGAAUAAU